AUGAGAGAAGACAAAUCCAAGACAAACAAGCUGGCCUGGUCCAAGAAGAUGGUCAGGAAAUGGUUUAACAUAAAGUGCAAAACAGAGGAGUUUCAAGCAGAUGAUCCUACUUCUGCUGGUGUUGAAGUAGAGCACAGAAGUAGUUUCUCAGCAGAGAAAGCCCCCUCCACAAUCAAGAAGACCAAUACUGAGAAACUCAGUAAGAACUGGGAGCAGCAAGCUCGGCAGAGGAGAAUGAAUUAUGAAAAUCCUAGGAUCAUUGAUGUCCAAAACUACAGCAUUUUUACUGCUACCUGGAACGUAGCUGGACGCUCUCCUCCUUCUGACUUAAACCUUGAUGAUUGGCUUCAUUCUUCAGCUCCUGCAGAUAUCUACGUUCUCGGAUUCCAAGAAAUUGUUCCUCUGAAUGCUGGUAACGUCCUCGGAGCUGAAGACAACGGACCUGCUCAGAAAUGGCUCUCCCUUAUCCGGAAAACGCUCAAUAACCGACCAGGAACUAGCGGAGCCAGCGGUUACCACACGCCUUCCCCAAUCCCUGUGCCUAUUGCAGAGAUUGACGCUGACUUCUCUGGAUCCACAAGGCAAAAGAACUCUACUUUCUUCCACAGACGGUCUUUUCAGACCCCAAGUAGUACAUGGAACGAUCCUUCAAUGCCUCAGCCAGGUCUUGACCGUCGCUUCAGCGUCUGUGACCGUGUCUUCUUCACCCACAGGCCAAGUGACUUCGACCCUAGCUUCCGUGGCAGCAGCAGCAGCAGUCACAGGCCUAGUGAUUACUCAAGAAGGCCUAGUGACUACUCAAGAAGACCUAGUGAUUACUCGAGAAGGCCUAGUGACUACUCAAGACCGAGUGAUUACUCCAGACCAAGUGAUUACUACUCUAGACCGAGUGACUAUUCACGGCCAAGUGACUUCUCAAGGUCUUCAGAUGAUGAUAAUGGCACUGGAGAUUCUCCAAGCACUGUCUUGUACUCACCGGGCUCUGCAGCAAACGACAACGGGUAUAGGAUCCCAUGGAACUCUUCGCAGUAUUGUUUAGUUGCAAGCAAGCAAAUGGUUGGUGUGUUCUUGACCAUUUGGGUGAAAAGCGAGCUGAGGGAACACGUCAAGAACAUGAAAGUGUCUUGUGUGGGCAGAGGACUAAUGGGCUAUCUUGGGAACAAGGGAUCGAUCUCAAUAAGCAUGUUGCUACACCAAACAAGCUUUUGCUUCGUUUGUACUCACUUGACUUCGGGACAAAAAGAAGGUGAUGAGCUUAAAAGAAACUCUGAUGUCAUGGAGAUACUCAAGAAAACGAGGUUUCCUCGCGUCAAGAGCUCAGAGGACGAAAAAUCACCUGAGAAUAUCCUUCAGCAUGACCGGAUAAUAUGGCUUGGAGAUCUCAACUACCGGAUAGCACUGUCUUACCGAUCUGCCAAAGCGCUCGUUGAGAUGCAGAAUUGGAGAGCUCUACUAGAAAACGACCAGUUAAGAAUUGAGCAGAAACGAGGCCAUGUGUUCAAGGGAUGGAACGAAGGAAAGAUCUACUUCCCACCAACGUACAAGUACUCAAGAAACUCAGAUAGAUACUCUGGCGACGAUUUGCAUCCCAAGGAGAAACGUCGCACUCCUGCUUGGUGCGAUAGGAUAUUGUGGUACGGUGAAGGACUGCAUCAAUUAUCUUACGUAAGAGGAGAGUCACGGUUCUCGGAUCAUAGACCCGUGUAUGGCAUUUUCUGUGCAGAGGUUGAGUCAGCUCAUAAUAGGUUAAAACGAACCACGAGUUACUCAACUUCACGAGUCCAAGCUGAAGAGCUCUUGCCUUAUUCCCGUGGAUACACCGAGCUCAGCUUCUUCUAG